UGAUGUGAAUGUCCCCUUGUUCCGGUUACAGAGGAGUCUGGGAGGGAGGGCUCAGUUGAAUGUAAACCUUCACACUGAUGGAGAGAAGCAGCCAACAUCAGGAGCAGAGUCUCUCAGUCACUCGACAUUCACUUUUUCAAAACGUUGCAGUCUCUGUCUCCAGCGCGGAUCACAACUCCGGGAGAGCUCGGCCUCUAAUGGGCAGCAGCCGCAUUAACUAGUGGACAGACUUCCAUUAACUGUUUUUCUUUGCCGCCGGCCAGGUCACUCCGCUGCGCACACACUGUGGACUCCUGCACCGACAGCCGGCAGGAAGAGCGGCAGUAAGCUGACUGUUUAGUGUCCUAAAGUGGCACUUUUUUUUUUCUCCUGCUCUGAUAGAGAGACCGGAUCACGUGAACAGGUCAUCUCAAAGCUGCGCGUUCUCUUUCUCUUAAAAGCCUCGCGGAGGUUAAAGAGGAGAGGAAGGGGUAAGGACUGCAAGAAUUCAAUUUCAGAUCAAAAUUCAGCUGUACUUUGUUGAGCUAAACUACCAGCUACAUUACUACUAUUAUUAUUACUACUACUACCACUACUAUUAUUACUACUAUUACUACUAUCAUUAUUAUUACUCCAGACUCUGUUAGACAUUUUCCACUGGUGUUUUUAUGAUGAAGCACUAGAUGAAGACACAGAGACAAACCUGACACACUGCGGUGGCAUGGCUGCAAGAGUGUUAAUUGGCCCGGACCAUGAUGCUGUUUGCAGCCAGUGGGUUCAACCACAAAACAACAGCAGCUCCCAGGCAGAGGGUUAACUUGUCACAGAGAGUACAGCAUCAAAUGAGUCUGUCCUGACUCACAUAAGGAGUCAGGGGCUGCAGGCCACAGCAUGGGCAACUCCUCCAGGAAGGGAGAGGGAGAAGAAGAAGAGGAGGGGGGAAAGGAUGGCGAGGAGGCAGAAAUCACAGAGAAGAAGAAAGAGGAGGAAGUGGAGGUCGAGCUUCCACUUGGGGUGGAGGAGUUGCUGGAAAGUGGAGACCCUGUGCUGGACUUGAGCUACCGUAAAUUCAAGAGGUUACCGUUGCGUGUUUGUGGACUGAUGCACCUGGAGAAGCUGUAUGUUUGCGGUAACAGCCUGCGCACUCUGCCGGACAGCCUCUCCCAGCUGCCGGGUCUGCGGAUACUCGCCCUUGACUUCAACAAGCUGGAAGAUGUUCCCAUGGCCGUCUGCCAGCUCACUAACCUCACUCGCCUCUACCUGGGCAGCAACCGGUUGAUGACCCUCCCACCUGAGCUGAGGAACCUGCAGAGCCUGCGCUGCCUCUGGGUGGAGAGCAACUACUUCCAUAGAUUUCCACGGGUACUGUACGACCUGCCCCACCUCAAGUCCCUUCAGAUCGGGGACAACCGGCUGAAGACGCUGCCUCCUGACCUGUGGCGUAUGGAGGCUCUGAGGGGAUUAUGGCUCUAUGGAAACCGCUUUGAUACCUUUCCCAAAGUCUUGCUGCGCAUGGAGAACUUGGAGAUCUUAGACCUGGACCGCAACAAGAUAUCAGAGUUUCCCAGUCUGAAGCGUCUCCAUGCCUUGCGUCUGUUCUCCUAUGACCACAACCCGGUCAAAGACCCUCCUAACGUGGGUGAGGAGGCGCUGAUAGUCGGGGAAGGGGCCGCAGAGUUCUUGGAGGAGCGUGAGGCCAAGAAGGAGAGGCGACGAAAGGCCGCAGAGAAAGAGGCUGAGGAGUUAGCUCUGGCAGGAGAGGAGCCGGUGAUUCACGGCAUUCUGAAGAACAGCAGCUCAAAACAAGCUGCAGUGACCAUAGACAACGCAGAUGUUAAAGAGGAAGAGUUCCUGGUUAAGGGGGAGGAGGUGGAAGGGGAGUACGAUGGUGCUGAGCUUGAAUAUGAUGAAGAGGGCAUUGAUUAUGAGACUGAGGAGCUUAUCUGUGAAGGAGAGGGGUUUGACUACGAGGGCGAGGAUCUGGAGUACGAAAGGGUUCAGAUGGACUAUGAGUACGAGCAUCUGGAGGACAUGGGGAGAUAGGAUGAAGGGGCAUGAAAAACCCCUCAUACCUUCAGAGGAUCUGCAGGCAGGUGGAGGCGGAUGAAAGAAAAUCUGCAAAUAGAGUAUUUUAAAGAAGCUGACACAGGACGAGUGUGGGACUGUCUUAGCUGCGCUGCUAAUUUCUAAUCCGUUGUUAACUGUGAAAAUAAAGCUGGGCAUUAUGAUCCUAUAAACUGACAGCACCUGUGACAUCUCAAUCAGCUGGAAAUUACCAAAUCAGAGCAGGUCUCAGGUGGAGUGAGUGUGUGUAUUCAGUGUUUAUGGCUGUUUUAAAUUAGCGUUGUCCUCUGAGUGUACACAGGAGACCAAGUCUUCCAUGAUUAAAUAUUAACUCCUUUGA